AUGUUUGACUUUCUUGAGGAGGGAUUCUAUCGAUUGGAUAUGAUGCCAGUCUCGCUAAGAGCCGAAUACUUUUACCCAUUCGCCCUAGAGCCAGGAAAAGUCCCUUUUCCGAAGUGUCCGAUUCUUGAAAUCAAUGGGAAACCACUCAACGAGUAUAGCCCGGACGACCCUUACGAUGAAUUUGCAAGUUAUAUAGAGAGGCCGUAUACAGGGGUCUCCGAGUCUGCUACUUUAACUUUCAUCUGUAUUCACGCUACUAAAGAGCAGGCUACGGACUCUGGCUUGUUUGGAAUGCUUCUUGAUGCUCCAGUGCAGCUAGUGGAUUUCGACGAUCAUGAACGCCUUGAGCAGUUCUACUCCCUCUUUCAAAAAGGCUGCUGCAAUGACAAGCGACCGGAAGUAUCCAAGCAAUUUGCAUCCAUCUUAUCCCCUGGAUUUCAUUCUCAUGUGGAAAGCUGGAGAGAAAAGGUCGACUGGCUUAUGAUGGCUAACGCAUGGCGGCGUGCGAAUAAACGCUUCUGGAACUCCAUCCCAAUCGAGGGGGAUCCAGGUUUGAUCUGGAGUCCGCCUCUACUGGAAGAUCAAACCCAUGUCUACAUGAAUAGCAUACAUGACGUCCAAGGACACACAUUCGACAAUCAUCACCCUUGGGUGAAACAAGCAAAGAAAGAGCUGCCAAGAGUAACACCAAAAAUCCAGUUCCUUCUUUGCACAGACGACUGUGAUGUAAACGGAAAUGUCGGCCUGGUACGCGAUAUACCGCUACCGCCGGAUCGUCGAAGUGACUGGUUUGACAACCUCGUCAUUGAGUACGAGCUUGUGGAUGAAGACGGCUUCUUCGACGAUGUCUCUGCCACGCUGGGCAUCGAUAAGUCGUGGAUUGCUUGGGAAGACCGAGGCAAGGACUACAACUGCGCUGCAAACGCCGAAGAUGAACCCAUGAGCCCAGGAGGAAGCGGCUCGGCUCCUCCAUGCAGACGCAUCUUCCAGCGCCGGCUCAAUGUGCCUGUCAAAGCCUCUGACGACGACAUGGUGGUGGCCAACCCUAAAGAGAUGAUUGAGAAUGCAUGGACCAAGAUUACUACCAUGCAGGAGUCGCUCUUCGCCACGUGGGUUACGCUGGUAGAGUCCAUCGAUAGCAUGAAGGAGAUUAAGGACAUUGGCGAGCGAGCCAAAGAAGAGAAGAAGCGCUAG